AAAUUAUUCAUUUAUUAACUAAUUCAAAAUUUAAAAUAAGAAUUAAAAAAUAUUUAUUUGUAAGUAAUAAGACUGUUUUUAAUAAAAAUAUGUAUAUUGAAAAAUAGAUAGUAAAAUUACACACAGUUAUAAAACUUCUAUUUGUACGAUUAUUAUCAUUUUUACAUCUCGUUAAUUUUUUUAGUUAGGUUUAAAGAUUUUAAAUAGUAAUUUAAUAGUUAAAAUAAAAAACGGAAAUGUUUUCUAAAGAUGGACAUAUAUUUAAAAUUAAAACAUUAGUUACGUGCGAAAGAAGUUUUUGUUUUAAACGUAUUUCAAAACGCGGGAAAUACAGUUACUCGCGCUUUUUAAAAAAAAAAUUGUUUAUUAAUGUAGUUAAUAUGUAAUAAAAUAGCAUGUAAUGCUUAAUUGUAAUGGUUGUAACAAAAAUAUGGUGCUCUAUCAACAAACACAAUUCAUAGUUACUCCCAUUUUUAUAGAUUUCUUGUAAUUUUAUGCUUGGAAUGUUUAAGAAAUUAGAUACUAACAAAGAGGAUACAUAUGUUUUUAUUCAAGAAUAGGGUAUUCAAAUUAAUGUAGGUAAUUAAGAGCUUUGAGCUCCCAAAGAGGUAAAAAACAGAACACAAGCAAGGAAACCAGUUGAAUCCACGUCAAGAUAGUCAAUCUCGUCCGUCAAUCCUUCACACAAACGCUAGUAUCACCGUUGAAACACAAACCUUCCACUAAGAAGAGACACUUGGCUAAUUUUACUGCAAAAGUUACUUGGAACCAACCAGUAAAUAUAUAUAUAUAUAGACAUGAGAUGAAAAGAAAGACACAACAAUAAGAAGAAGAAGAGAAGAACAAGCUUUGUGUUUUCCUCUUUUGAAUUUUCUCAUCCCGCCUUUAUCUGCAUUAUGAUCUUCAAGAUGAUGAGGAUGCUUGGUUUAGGAUACUCUGGCUCGCCAAAACCGGUUCGGAUCGUUGUGGUUGGUGAGAAGGGAACUGGGAAAACAAGUUUGAUCAUCGCUGCAUUAAAUGAAUCUUCUCAACCUCAGCCAAACAUCCCUCCUGUGUUACCUUACACCACUUUCCCUUCGGAAUGGUUCCGUGACCCUAUUCCUGCUACCAUCAUCGACACUUCUUCAAAACCGGAAGAUAGAGAAAAGGUCGUUAAGGAAGUGAAAGAAGCAGAUGCAAUUGUUUUGACGUUUAUAGUCGAUAUAGCUGAGAGUUUGGACCGUUUAAGUGAAUAUUGGCUUCCUCUGUUUCGACAACUAGAGGUGAGAGUCCCUAUCAUAAUGGCAGGUUGUAGCGUUACCAACAGAGAGUAUCAUAAUCAAAGCGGUAUUGAAAUAAUAACAACAUCUAUAAGGGAACAAUAUCUAGAGAUCGAGACAUGUUUCGACUGGUCUGCUCAUCAUAUUGCUCGGAAAGUAUUUUGGUAUGCGCAACAUGCUGUUACUAACCCUGUCGGACCAAUAUAUGAUAAAGAAACCAGUUCAUUGAAGCCUCGUUGUGUUGCUGCAUUAACUCGUGUAUUUGUACUCUCUACACGUGACACUGAUUUCAUUCUCAAUGAAGCCGGGUUAAACAAUAUUCAGGCUCAAUGCUGCUAUGAACCAAUGACACCUUCUCAAAUUAGAGGACUAAUAGACUUUGUGCAAGCACGGUCUCCACUAGGAGUUGAUGAAAACGGAAUCACAAUAGAAGGUUUCUUGUUUAUAAACAAAUACCUUGUGGAACAAGGAAGGAUCAGAAAGGUAUGGGAUAUACUCAGAAAAUUCGGGUAUAACAAUGAGUUAAGACUCGCAGAUGAUAUGAUUCCAUAUUCAUCAUUCAAACACAUGCCUGAUCAGAGUGUUGAGCUGUCUGAUGAAGCUACUCGUUUCUUAAGGGGAGUCUAUAAGAAUUUGGAUGAACACAGUGCUAAUAACUUGGGACCUCAAAUGAUUGGAUUUGUCUUUCAAAUUUCACCUGAAAAUCCAUGGAGCAUAGCUCCUUAUAAAGAUGCAUCAGAGAAAACUGAUGAUGGAGGAUUGUCACUUGAAGCUUUCCUCUCACUGUGGAAUUUGCUGACACUAAUAGAUCCAGCUAGGAGUCUUGAAUGUUUGAUAUGUCUAUGUUAUCCAUCUUCAGCAGUUCGCGUUACUAGGAGAAGAGCAAUAGACCGUAAGGAGCAGAACUCUGAAAGAAGAGUUUUUCAGUGUUUUGUCUUUGGCCCCAAGAAUGCUGGAAAAUCUGCAUUGCUCAAUCGAUUUAUCGGAAGGCAAUAUGAUGAUGAGAACAACAACGGAUCAAAUGAGGAACGUUAUGCUGUUAAUAUGGUUGAGAACGAUGGUGUAACUGAAGAUGUUAAGAAAACUCUGGUGUUGAAGGAAAUUCAAAUGCAAGAAGAUGGAUUCUUAUCAUCAAAUGAAGCGUUGGGAGCUUGUGAUGUAGCUAUCUUCCUUUACGAUUCUUCUGAUGAGUCUUCUUGGAAGAAAGCCAUUGAUUUGCUUGUUAAGGUUGCAACCGCUAGUGAAGACGCUGGUCUAAAGUUUCCUUGUCUAAUGGUUGCAGCUAAAACUGAUCUUGAUUCAUUCCCAGAGGCAAUUCAAGAAGCUACUAGAGCCACACAAGAUCUAGGGAUUGAAGCUCCAAUACCAAUAAGUUCCAAACUUGGAGAUUGCGAUAACUUGUUUCAAAAGAUAUUAACCGCGGCUGAGCAUCCUCAUUUAGGUAUCCCAAAGAUUAAGUCGAAGAAGAAAAGGAGUCGCAAGCUAAUGAAAAGAUCUCUAAUGCUGGUUUCAAUUGGGACAGGGGCUCUGAUCGUUGGGCUGGCUUCAUUCCGUCUCUAUGCCGCAAGAAAGCAGAGAUAACCUUGUAGCUGAAGAAAGAUCCAAACCUGAAAAUAUGAAUAAAUAUAUUGUAGUUUAAGUUGGUUGUUCAUGGAUGCCUUGUUUAACAAGUAAAGAACUGUUAUCUAUAGAUUUUACUUCUAAAA